AUGUAGAUCACUGUGUCAUAAUUUAGGUCGUUUGUUACUUUUCAAUGGCGAAUAGGUCUAGAAAGCUAGAUCUAGUCUAGAUUAUUAGGCCCUAUUCCUUUUAUUUUAAGACAAUACAGUUCACAGAGUUUUUAUAAAAUUUCGAUAGAAAAGACGUAGACGAUGGACAGAUAAAGUUAGACAACACAGUCAAAAAUUAAGGUUUCAAUGUUUAGAUUAAGCUUCAAUUUGUUAGGUUAGGGUUAGCGUUUGGACUAAAAUGGCGACACCAGCGUUCAAUCGAUGACUUAGUGUGGCAAUGGUUGAGAAGUACUCACAUUUUUUAUGAAGAUGUUGAUCCGGGUGACACGAAGUCACGUGAUGAUACCGGUGAAGGUGUUCUACCUGUGUCUGCUGACCCUAGCGCUCACGCUGUACCUCCUGCGGGACCAUAUAUCCCUAACCCUGGGUUGCGCAGACACGCCCACAUUCGACCCACGGGCUACUGACACGACUCUUCACCAUGCGCAGGAUGGCGUCGCAGAACAACACAUCUUCAACAUCUCACGUGACUUGAAGCGCGUCCCCCGGGACGUGACCCGCCACCCGCGCGGCCCGGGGGAGUACUUCACCCCACGGGAACACCGCCAGCAGAAGAUCAUCGACACCGUUCUCCUCGCCCCAUGGGCCCUCUGCGUGACGUCACAUCCGUUUCUCAUCGCCGUCCAGCUCUCCCUAGCGUCCAUGACAACCGAGCGGGAAGCCGUACGGACUACAUGGGCCAGCGCGGCCAAGACGAAAAUCUGGCCACACGAGAUGAUGAACGCCGAGGUGGGGGUGGUGUUCGUUUUAGGACGGGAACCCAACGCCACGGAAACUUGGGGGGCGCUGCGUACCGAGGCUGAUAAACACGGCGACAUCCUCCUCCUGGACAUGACGGACAACUACACCAACCUGACGCUGAAAAUUGUAUCCGGGUUCACCUGGCUGAGUCAGAAUUGUCCGGGGACGGAUUUUUUCCUCAAAGUGGACAUGGACACGUUCGUCAACCUGCCAGUGCUGGUGGAUCUUCUCAUCCAUAACCGUCUGCGGCUUCAGUACGCCGUGGUGGGGCACAUGUACACCGACGCCCGGAGGGUGCACCGGACCGGGCGGUGGGCGGUGGACCGGAAGCUCUACCCGCUGGCUAUCUACCCGCCGUAUGCUUCAGGGUGUGCCUACAUUGUCUCUGUCAAAGCUUUGACGGCCAUGACGGGUCUGGCGCCCUACGUCCCCAUGCUCCCCAUAGAAGACGCCCACGUCACCGGCGUACUGGCCCGGCACAUCGACGCCCACCUGUACGGGCACCCCACCGUGUUCACCCACUUUAAGGACUUUUAUUGGCAGCGGUGCCAGAUGCUGCUCAAGACGAAGCUGGUUGGCACGCACGUGGACUCGGCGAGCAUGUACGAGAUCUGGGGGGCCGUACUCACGCGCAACCGCACGUGCUUCCCCGUCGACCGCUCCGAGCAGUAUGAAUUAAUAGCAGCUGUUGCAUUGUCUCAAAAGUCUAGAAUAGCAGCUGUUCCAUUGUCCAAAAAGUCUAGAAUAGCAGCUGUUCCACUGUCUCAAAAGUCCAGAAUAGCAGCUGUUCCAUUGUCUCAAAAGUCUAGAAUAGCAGCUGUUCCAUUGUCCAAAAAGUCCAGAAUAGCAGCUGUUCCACUGUCUCAAAAGUCUAGAAUAGCAGCUGUUCCAUUGUACAAAUGUCCAGAAUAG